AUGAGCUUCUGGAGGAGAAACAGUUCCAUGGACCCAGGUCUCCCGCGCUUCUCCAACGAGACUGCUGCGCAACCAGAACGACAACAAACGGCCGAUAACAUUAUUCCUAAUGAUAACAACGACGAAAAAAAGACUACCCAACCCGAUGCUCGCAAUCCAAAUAGGACAUGGUCCUCGCUCUCCCGCGUCCUCCGCAUUGACACCUCGUUCACGACCCGCCAUGGAACCGCGGGUCUGGUCAUGUCUCCCGAGGGCUCACUACACGAAGAACCAGAGGGUGCAGAUGGCACUUUUAGCCAGAUGAUUCUCAAGGAGCAGAAGGAAAAGGAAAAGCCCGUGUUGCAUGGCAAAACCAUGGUCGAAGAGGAAAAACCGGGUAGUGGUCAUGUUUGGGACAUUUACCCAACCAUGCCAAAGCACAUUCGUCGAUGGCACAAGCCAGCACCAAUUCCUGUCGCACAUACACCCAUCGCUCCGGGCUCCCUCCCAAUGAAUCGCAAGAUGGAGGACCUGCCAAAAGGGUGGAAGAUGUAUAUCCAUCCCGAAGGGAAGCCGUACUAUCACCGCGAGGCCAUGGAGCCCGAAGAACAUUUAUUGCAAGGAACGCUGCUGUACGGUAAAGGCAAGGCAGUCUGCCGUCCAUUGCCAAUCGUGACGGACAGCGACCCGCGCGAUCCUGUGGUGCGCAAAACGCUGGAGCAUGCCCAUUUUAUUACCCGUGUCACUGUUGCGGAGAACGAAUUCGAGCUUCCCAAGCGCUGCGAACUAUUCAUCGAACUUUAUCGGGAAGAUGAAGAGGACUUGCGACCGUAUGCCGGAUACUAUCUCGCAGAUCAUGAUAAUCAAGUCGUCUUCUGGGCGGCACCGACUACCACUAAUGAUGUUGGAGGUCUGAGGGUCAACCCUGGAACUUUUGCUGACCAGCACCUGCGACUACAACUUACUUCACAAUAUUGGUCCCAUAUCGAGUGCUAUCCCAUCGACGCCAACAUUGAUGUCGAUGCUGCCCAUAAAUACCUAACCGAGCAAAUUGCGUUUAUGUACAUCGACGUCGCAACUUCAGUAUCCUCCACAUCUUCAUGGACGGAGAACCAAUGCCAAUCCUUCCUCUCUAUGCUCAGUCAUUGUCCACCUGGUCGUAGGACAUGGGCUGUGGCGCGUCUGACUGCGCUCAUGAUGGAAUGGCAAUUCCAAAACCUAUAUGGCCAUCCAGCUGCUCGACUCGACCGUUGCCACUCGUACGAGGUUGAAGUGCCCAACAUCACUCUCGAAGAAAAAGCUGCUGCAGACAAGGACGGCGUCGACGUACAGUCUAUACAUACCAUGGAAUCCGACACUCCAAAGACGUUUGGACAGCGGCUAAGCAUGUUUUACCAAUUUGUGCUGGCGGUUCUUCUCCGAAUAACGUGUGUGCUCCUCUUCGACGCACCGGCGACGCAUUACAAUGCACUGGAAAAGAUAUGGGUGGACAAGAUUGUACACAAGGCCCGGUCUCAGCUCCUCAUCGACCGCACAGUCAAGGAUUGGAGCGAUGUCAGCCUGCUCUCGACUGUGCUCUGGACGGCCAACAUGGCAUUCUUGGCCAUCCCGUACCCGAUUCUCGAUCCUCAGCAACAACGGCCACAGACACGACUCCAGGAAAUCAUGCGUACUGCCAUGAUCACGGCCUCACUCGCUUCGACAGUGUUUUCGGUCGGCUCAAUCGCCAUUAGUCUGCUGCAUAUCCGAAAACACCGCACCGAACGGACUGCAGAGGAAUACUGCGAAUAUCUAGAGACACAGCAUCACCACGCAUUUGGCCACCGACCGCUCGCAAUCAUCUGGGCACUGCCGUUUGCCUUUUUGAUGUGGAGUGUCAUCACGUUUAGCGCUGCGGUCAUGAUUUUCACUAUCAUGGCUGCUGGCGACGUGACAAAGUAUCUUCUUGUCUCACUGAGCGUGUUCAUCGUGGGAUGGAUCGUGCUCUGCGUGUGGUAUUUCUGGAAACGCGAGUCACAUAAGGAAGAUGGGUUGAGGCCUCGAUUCAAGAUGAUAUUUACGAACUGGACGUGGGACUGGCGCGCUUCACCUUCUCAGGCCGUCAAAGAGGUGCUCCGCAAGAACAGCGCGCUGCCUCCUGUAUGA